AUGACUGCUUCUCUGCUAUAUGUGCCCCAGGGUCUCUUAACGUUCAAGGAUGUGGCUGUGGAGUUCUCAGUGGACGAAUGGGAAUGUCUCAGCUAUUCUCAGAGGGCACUGUAUAGAGAUGUGAUGAUGGAGAAUUACAGUAAUCUAUUCUUUUUGGAGAAUUUUCUUCACUGUGAGAAGGUGUUGAAUCAAGGCACAAAGCAUAUUGUCCACAAGCGUGUAACUAUCCAAGAAAAGUCUUACAAAUGUAAUGAGCCUGUCAACAUGAUUCAUCAGUCUUCCCAAGGUACACCUUCCAGAACCCAACAAUCAAACCUAAACAGAAAAAAAAUGGGGAAGACUGGAGAUGAACCUUGCAAAUUUAAAGACUGUGUAAACUUUCUGAAUGUGUUUUCCAUCAUUAGUCAAAAUGGAAGAAUCCAUAUAGGAGGGAAAGACACAAAUGAUACAGAGCAUAAAAAUCUGUUUGACUCAAAACAUAAACUCAUGCUGAAACAAAGUGGCACUAAUGGAAAAAAACCACACAAUUGCAGGAAAUGUAGGAAAUGCUUCAACAUGUACUCAGGUGUCAGUAGACAUCAGAGAGCACAUACUAGAGGGAAAACCUAUAAAUGUAGACACUAUAGUGAAUCCUUUCUGCAUUUGUCACAGCUCAAACUACAUUACAAAAUUCAUUACGGACAAUGUCCUUGCAAAUGUGGCAACUGCUUUUAUCAUAUAUCAGGCUUCGAAAGAUACUACAGAAUUCACCCUUGUGGGAAUACUUAUAAAUGCAGUGAUUGUGGCAAAUCCUUUAGCUAUUCACAAAUUAGAAAACAUCAGAGAAGUCAUACAGGAGAGAAACCUUACAAAUGUAGUGAAUGUGAGAAAUACUUUUCCCAGAAAUACCAACUUACAAUUCAUCAGAGAAAUCACACAGGAGAGAGACCUUACCAGUGUACUGAAUGUCACAAAUCCUUUAUCCAAAAAUCUAGUCUUAUUAUUCAUCUGAGAAUACAUACAGGAGACAAACCUUACAAAUGUAUUGAAUGUGACAAAUGCUUUACUGUGUUAAGCAGUCUUAGAAGUCAUCAGAGAAUUCAUGCAGGAGAGAAACCUUAUAAAUGUAGUACAUGUGACAAAUGCUUUGCCGACAAACGAAGUCUUCAUAUUCAUCAGAGAAUUCAUACAGGAGACAAACCUUAUAGAUGUAGUGAAUGUGAAAAAUGCUUUACCCACAAAGACAGUCUGAGUAUUCAUCAGAAAAUUCAUACAGGAGAGAAACCUUACAAAUGUAGUGAAUGUGACAAAUGGUUUAACCAGAAAAGCAAUCUUAGGACUCAUCAAAGAAUUCACACAGAAAAACCUUACACAUGUAGUGAAUGUGGAAAAUGCUUUACUGAGAAAGGCAGUCUUAGAAGUCAUCAGAUAAUUCAUACAGGUAAGAAACCUUAUAAAUGUAGUGAAUGUGACAAGUGCUUUGCCAAGAAAUAUCAACUUAGAAAUCAUCAGAGAAUGCAUACAGGAGAAAAGCCUUACAAAUGUAUUGAAUGCAAAAAAUGCUUUACUGUGAAAGCAAGUCUCAGAACUCAUCAGAGAAUUCAUACGGGAGAGAAACCUUACAAAUGUAGUGAAUGUGGCAAGUCCUUUACCCUGAAAUGCCGUCUUACAGUUCAUCAGAGAAUUCAUACAGGAGAGAAACCUUACAAAUGUAGAGAAUGUGAGAAAUGCUUCAGGUACAAAUGCACCCUUAUACAUCAUCAGAGAAUUCAUACAUGAAAUAAACUGUACAAAUGCAGAGAAUGUCACAAGUAGUUUAUUGAGAAGGGCAGUAUUAGAAGCCAUGAAAGAAUUCAUACAGAAAAGAAACCUUACAAAAUUAGUGAAUAUGAUAAAUGCUUUAUUGAUAAAGGCAGUUUUAGAAGUCAUCAAGAAAUUGAUGCAGGGAAAAUAUUGUACAAAUGCAGUAAAUGUGACAAAUAUAUUACCCGUAAUUAUGAUCUUAUGAUUCAUGAAAGAACUCAUACAACAAAGAAGCCUUAUAAAUAUAGUGAAUGUGAAAAGUAA